AUGCUGCGGAAGUCUGUCCUCGAGCUGUCUUCGCGUUUGUCAACAAAGAGAUUCCCGGCGAAUUUGGGAGCUCAGAGGUUUCAUCUGAGUUCUUCGAGAAAGGCAUCUACAUCUGGCAAAACUGGCCUCCCCGGAGCUAAUCCCGUGGGGACACCUAAAGCUGAUCCUCCAAAUGUGAGUCCUCCUCCUACUACUCCUCCUGUGGGGAAACCAGAUGGCUCUAAAGGUAGUUCUUCGAAAGUGGUCCUCGGAGGUGUCGCUGUUGUUGGUGCCUUUCUGGUAGCAUAUCAGACUGGGUAUUUGGAUCAAUAUCUGGGGAAAGAAGAUCAGAAAUUAAGUGAGCCAGUUGCUGUUACUGAAAAACUGGAGGAGGCUCGUCAUUUGAAUGUGGCUCCUCCUGGUGUUGAAGAUUCUGCUGGAAUCAGCUCAUCAGUGGAUGGUAAAGCCGAAACGCUACCUGAAGCUUCUGGGGGAAUGCAGAGUGACAUAGUCAUAGACGUGCAACCCGAGUCUGAUGUAACACCUGACCGUUAUACAUAUAUUUCUUCUGACAAAGAAGAGACGCCUCAAGAAAGUGAGAAAAGCUUGCCUGUUUCUUUGAAUGAUAACGCUACAUCUGAAGAUUCGAGUACUAAGUCUGACACGUCCCCAGAGAUUAUAUCUGAGGCGGGAAAUGUGAAGUUGGAAGCUGUACCAAAACCUGAGGACAGUACUGUUGUUAAUGCCCUGACUAGUUCGGUUAUGGAAUCUGCUUCACCAAAGGAUCCUGCCACUGAAACGCCACCUGAGGAUGGGAUUGAGCGGGAAGUAGAAAAGCCAGGUUCUCUCCUUAAGGAAUACAAUCUAGAAGGCAAUGGUACUGAAAGCACUGGAUCCUCAUCAUUUAGGGAACAACUAACUGAAGAAACUGAGGCUCUUCGUAACUCAAUUGAGGGGGUGAAAGAUGGUUACAUGAAUGAGGAUGGAAAGUUGGUGCUUGAUUUUCUUGAUGCCAUUCAUGCAGCUGAGGAGAGACAGUCUCAUUUAGAAGCCCAAGUUUUUGCUGAAAAACUGCGAGCCUUGAAGGAGAAGUACGAAAAUGAGUUGAGAGAUCUUAGGGCACGUGAAUUAAUGCGUAUAGAGGAGGCGGCGAUAUUGGAUAAGGAGCUAAAAAGAGAAAAAACAAAAGCAGCAGCUGCUAUCAAGUCAAUCCAAGAGAGAAUGGAAGAUAAGCUCAAAACAGAAAUUGAACAAAAGGAAACUGAAGCGCAGUUGGCUUUGAGUAAAGCUGAAGAAAUGGCAAAGGCUGAGUUGACUUCGGCAAUUGCAAAAGAAAAGGCAGCACAUCUUGAAAGAAUGGCAGAGGUCGAUCUUAAUAUAAAGGCCCUGCGUAUGGCAUUCUAUGCGCGCUCUGAAGAGGCUCGCCAAAGUCAUUCAGUUCACAAGCUUGCGUUGGGUGCAGUUGCGCUGGAUGCUACACUCUCGAAAGGCUUGCCAAUCCAAAAAGAAAUCGAUACGCUUCAGACUUAUCUUGAAGGAAUUCAUAAGGAUUCAAUCUUAGGCUUGGUGUUAUCAUCUCUUCCAGAAGAAGUACGAUCCAGUGGAACAGAUACAACACUGCAGCUGAACCAGAAGUUUAAAAGCUUGAAAGGAACACUUCGACACUUCAGUCUCAUUCCACCUGGUGGCGGAGGAAUCUUGACACAUUCACUAGCACAUAUUGCAUCUUGGCUCAAGUUCAAGGAAGUGGAUGAAGCUAAUGAAGGCAUUGAAUCUGUAAUUAAAAAAGUUGAGAAUCACUUGGCUGAGGGGAAACUAGCAGAAGCAGCAGCUGCACUUGAAGAAGGCGUUAAAGGAAGUAAAGCAGAGGAAGUAGUCGGCGAUUGGGUGAGAAGUGCAAGAAACAGAGCCAUUGCGGAACAAGCUUUGACUGUUCUCCAAUCCUAUGCAACUUGUGUCAGCCAAACUUGA